AUGCUUGGUAGAUCAUUGGAGAUUCGUGUUGGUGGGAAAUAUCGUUUAGGUCGUAAGAUAGGAAGUGGUUCAUUUGGUGAUAUAUUUAUCGGAACACAUAUAACGACAGGUGAAGAUGUAGCGAUAAAAUUGGAAUCACAUCGUUCACGUCAUCCACAAUUAUUAUAUGAGUCGAAAUUAUAUAAAUUAUUGGCAGGAGGUGUAGGAAUACCAAAUAUACAUUGGUAUGGUAUAGAAGGAGAAUAUAAUAUAUUAAUAAUGGACCUAUUGGGUCCAUCAUUAGAAGAUUUGUUUACAAUAUGUAACCGUAAAUUGAGUUUAAAAACGGUAUUAAUGUUAGCUGAUCAAAUGUUGAAUCGGAUAGAAUAUUGUCAUUCAAAGAACUUUAUACAUCGUGACAUAAAGCCGGACAAUUUCUUAAUUGGCCGUGGUAAGAAAAUGUCAAUAGUAUAUAUAAUUGAUUUUGGAUUAGCAAAGAAAUAUCGUGACUCUAAGACAGCACAGCAUAUAUGUUACCGUGAGGGUAAAAAUCUUACAGGAACAGCACGUUAUGCUAGUAUUAAUACACAUUUGGGUAUAGAACAGAGUCGUAGAGAUGAUAUGGAAGCGCUAGGUUAUGUAUUAUUAUACUUUAUGCGUGGUAGUUUACCUUGGCAAGGGUUAAAAGCUACUAGUAAAAAGGAUAAAUAUGACAAAAUCAGCGAGAAAAAAAUCGCAAUUCCAGUCGACUUGUUAUGUAAACAAUUACCAUUUGAAUUUGUUACUUUUAUUAAUUAUGCUCGAUCAUUAAGAUUUGAAGAUCGACCUGAUUAUUCCUAUCUCAGACGUAUUCUUAAAGAUUUAUUCUUUCGACAAGGUUAUCAAUAUGAUUUUAUUUUCGAUUGGACCUUUCUACAUACUGCACAACUCAUGCAUACCAUGAUGACUGAAGAUAUGGACCGAUUUGAACGAAUCACCAAAGAACGAGAACAUGAAGAUACUAAUCCCAGACUCGUUUUAAAAAAUAAACAAUAA